AUGUUUAAGUUCCUAAUUGUUUGCGGCCUUGCUGCUUACGCAGCUGCACAUCCCGGAUUAACUAGCGGCAUCGGUUUGGGUGGUUAUGGAGGUGGAGGAAGCGGAGGUUUGGGCGGAUCUGGAGGACUGGGAGGAAAUUUAGGUGUUGGCUAUGGAGCAGUUGCAGUUGCACCAGUUCAACACGCCAUUCACGUUCCUACUGCCACCAGUAGUCAAUCCAGAGUGGACGUCGUAAACCCAACCGCAGUAAGAACUGUCUCUUCCAUUACCCCAGUCGCAGUUUCAACCCCCGUUGCAGUCGCCACUCCUCAUGUGACUCAAGUUGCAGUUUCCUCUCCUGGUGUUGCAGUGAGCACACACGGAUUGGGAAUAAAUGGAGUUGGUUUAAGUGGUGGAUACUCUGGUGGGGCUGGAUAUGGUGGGGCAGGUCUAGGAGGCGGCUUAGGAGCAGGAAUAGGUGUUUCAGGAGGAGCUGGAUUGGGUGGUGGUUACGGAGGAAUUAGUUUAGGCCAUUAG